AUGGCCACAGCCAGCGCGGCCACCAGCACCGUUGCCACCACUACAGUCGGCGCAGCUGAAGUCGGAACUAGUCGCACCGCAGCGGAAAACGACGCACUGGUCAACGCCCUCUUGCCCCCCGGCAGCAGCUCCGUCUUACAGCGCCAAUUAGAGGUGUUUGCAACGCUCGUCGACGAGGUGUAUGAGUCGUACGGCGGCGCAUACACGUCAGCGGGUAUCCUCCGCCGAGUCCCGUACCGUCACCAGCCGCCGGCACCCGAGCCGCAAUUCAACGGACUCACAGCUUGCCCGCGCUUUUCACAGGCAGAAGCGGCAUUGCGGUCGCUGCAUGAGAAGCGGCGGCUGGUACGGCGAUUGACCAUUACUCAGCACGACGCAUACGUGGCUCGAGAGUUGGCGGCGGAGGGCGCUGCGGGAGUGGGUGUGGCGGCGGCUGUGGCGCUGCUGUGCGGCGCGUUCGGCGCGUGCACCCCCCCCGGCGGCGGUCUCCCGGCCCACCUGCUAACCAACUACGUGGUCUUCACCGCCGUCCACAUGCUACUCCACACCGCCAUACUGGCAGCAGCAUACCGGACAUGCGCCUGGUUGGGUAAGCUGCGCUCCAUCGCCCUGGGCCUGGCCUCCCUAGCCACCUACUACCUGCUGCUGGUGCCCACUGCCAAGCCAUGGCAUCGCCCGCCCGCCAGCCCCGCGCCCGCGUACCUGCCGGCGGCGCUGCUGUGGCCCCUGUACGGCGACGGCAUCCACUGGCGACUCAUCCACCUUUUGUCCAACGGCUUUGCCUGGGCGUACGGCACGUACGAAUGGUACCACUCGUUCAGCUGUGUACGACUGCGCAACGGCCUGCGGUACUGA